GGCGGGGGGAGCGAGACCGUGCAAGAUGAUACUUACGCCUCAGUCACUUUCCGGAGAGAAUGCGAGGACAAGUAUAGGGGGUAGGGGGAUAUACACAAUAUGCUUCAAUUGGAUUCCAGAGCUUUAUGGUCACUGUCUUGCAGGCAGGCGUCCUUUGCUGCGAGCUUUGUGGUGAUUGCAUUUCUUAUGCUCCUACUGGUUCGCCAGCUCGUCAAGCAGAGGAGACCGCCCGGAUUCCCCCCUGGCCCAUCACCCAUCCCGGUCAUUGGCAACAUCUACUCUCUCGCCACGGAGCCGCACGUCUUUCUCAAGAAACAAAGUGAAGUUCAUGGACAGAUCUUCAGUCUGGAUCUGGGAGGCAUAUUGACAGUGGUGCUCAAUGGAUAUGAUUGCAUCAGAGAGUGCCUCUAUCAUCAGAGUGAAGUCUUUGCUGACCGCCCCUCCUUGCCUUUAUUCAAGAAAAUGACCAAAAUGGGUGGACUCCUCAACCAUAAAUAUGGCAGGGGCUGGAUUGAACAUCGCAAGCUAGCCUGCAACUCGUUCCGCUACUUUGGAAGCGGCCAGCGGCAGUUCGAAAGGAGGAUCUCGGAGGAGUGCAUGUUCUUCGUGGACGCCAUCGACGUGCACAAGGGCAAGCCCUUUAACCCCAAACACCUGGUGACCAACGCCGUGUCCAACAUCACCAACCUCAUCAUCUUCGGCCAGCGUUUCACGUACGACGACCACAACUUCCAGCACAUGAUUGAGCUCUUCAGCGAGAAUGUGGAGCUGGCCGUGAGCGGCUGGGCCCUCCUCUACAAUGCCUUCCCCUGGAUCGAGUAUGUGCCCUUCGGGAAGCACCAGAAGCUGUUCCGCAACGCGGCGGAGGUCUACCGGUUCCUGCAGCAGGUGAUCGAGGACUUCUCGCAGGGCCGGGUACCCCAGGCACCGCGUCACUAUGUAGACGCCUAUCUGGAUGAGCUGGAGCAGAGCACCAAAGACCCCGGCACGUCGUACUCCAGGGAGAACCUCAUCUACUCGGUGGGCGAGCUCAUCAUCGCGGGCACCGAGACCACAACAAACACCUUGCGCUGGGCCAUGCUGUAUAUGGCUCUCUAUCCCAACAUACAAGAGAGGGUCCAUCAGGAGAUUGACAGCGUCCUGGUCAACGGGAGAGCGCCAUCACUGGAGGACAAGCAGAGAAUGCCGUAUGUGGAGGCGGUUCUUCACGAGGUCCUGCGCUUCUGCAACAUUGUACCCCUGGGUAUUUUCCGUGCCACCUCCCAGGAUGCGAACGUUAACGGAUACACAAUCCCAAAAGGAACCAUGGUGAUCACCAACCUGUACUCGGUGCACUUUGAUGAAAAAUACUGGAACGAUCCCGGGGUCUUCUCACCGCAGAGGUUCCUGGACAGUAACGGCAACUUUGUCAGACGGGAAGCCUUCUUGCCCUUCUCCCUGGGAAGACGUCAAUGUCUGGGUGAGCAACUGGCCAGGAUGGAAAUGUUUCUUUUCUUCACCACAAUGCUCCAGAGGUUUCAUCUCCAGUUCCCUCCAGGAACCAUGCCAAAUCUCACUCCCAAACUUGGCAUGACCCUGCAGCCCAUGCCUUACUCCAUAUGUGCCGUCCGCAGACAGCCCACGCGGCUGUCCUCGCCGGACACAGAGAGACAGGUGUACAGUAGCACUGCUUGUCAACCCAUUAAAGUCUACACUCCAAUGUCCUGCACAGAAAAGAAACUUCAUGGUUCAGACACAUAGAACCUUCUACCUUUCCAGAGAAAUAUUGACACAUGUAUGCCGAUGUAUUCAUUCGGCAUUAAUGCUUUUUACAUGCAUUAAGGGAUACCUCAUUUGGCACUUAACAUUGGACAGGUGACGGUGUCUGUCCGGUAGCAGUAGGCAGUAGUUUGCACACAACAACGAAGCAGCAGGGACAAGAAAGAUUGACUUUUUUUAACUUGUGGACAUUCUGUAAACCAAUGUGUAAAUUCAAGUUAAAACAAAAGUCUGCUGAUCAGAAAUUGGCUCAAUGAAAUAUGAACGAGGUGCUUUUGGCGACAGUGACAGUUCUGGUGAAUGAUUGAUGAAAGAACCACCUCUGCAAAAGGUCAUGGUCUUGCCUUACUUAGGUCCAGCUAAAUGGGAUACGGUGUAGAAAUGUGUUCCAACUGUAGGAAGAAAAGGGCCGAGCCAACUUUCCACGAAAACUGUGCAUUGCGUAUGGCAGGCUGGAUUCGUGCCAUGUUCCACGUUAUCUGAACUAACUGUGACCCUGGCUCUUGGGAUUGUGUUCUGUGGAAAUAUGCUCUCUUAGAAUGAGACUGGAGAAUUGGUGACCGUCAGGAAACACUUGCGGAACAUUUCAUUCUACUAAAUGGAUGACGGCCCCUACUCAAAAAGCACAUUUGUGUGUGAAGUUCAUAAUGCUGAAAUGUAUUUUAUAUUGUUUGAAUGUUUGAACUUCCAAAAAUAAACUUUUUUAUUUACAGAU